AUGGCGGUGGUGCAGGGGAGAAGUCAGCUGUCAGAGGAGAUCGAGCUCUUCUCUCCAGCCUCUGUUUGGCACCUUCACCCUGGGCACUGGAUGACCUUGUCCUGGCACAACUACGGACUACCACCACUUUGGUCAAUGCUGUCCAGCUUCGUUCUUCAGCUUCACUACGUUUGUUCCUGGGAUCUGGACCAAAGCCAGAGAGCCGAUCUGAAAUCCAGCAGCCAUUGUGUCUUUUCCCAAAAAUCCAAGUUCACAUUUAAAAAAUACUUCGCUGACCUAACCUCCGAGACCCUUCCGGCUCUCUAUUAUGGGAGGGCACGGGCGUACGGUCACCUGCAGCCUUACGAUGAGCUUAGCGACGGUCACGCCAUCACCUCGACUUUUUCCUUCUGGAGGGCGGUCAUUGCGGAGUUUUUGGCCAUGAUGCUUUUUGUUUUUAUUAGUAUCGGCGCCGCUUUGGGGUUCAAUUUCCCCGUCGCGGAGAAUAGCACCCAGACCGCCAGCCGGUCGCAAGACAUCGUGAAGGUGUCCUUGGCGUUUGGGAUAUCGAUCGCCACCAUGGCUCAGAGCGUGGGCCACAUCAGCGGCGCUCACCUCAACCCGGCCGUCACCUUCGGGUGCCUCCUCAGCUGCCAGAUCAGCAUCCUGAAAGCCGUCAUGUACAUCGUCGCCCAGUGCCUCGGCGCCGUGGUCGCCACCGCCAUUCUCUCCGGUAUCACCUCCGGCCUGGAGAACAACAGCCUGGGGCUCAAUGCGCUCAGUACAGGAGUGACCGCUGGACAAGGAUUGGGGGUGGAGAUCCUCGUCACUUUCCAGCUGGUCCUUUGCGUUGUGGCAGUCACAGACCGACGGCGACACGAUGUUUCUGGAUCCGUUCCUCUCGCCAUUGGACUCUCUGUUGCUUUGGGGCAUUUGAUUAAACCUAUUGACUACACUGGAUGUGGAAUGAACCCCGCCAGGUCCUUUGGCUCAGCAGUACUGACGAAAAACUUUACACAUCAUUGGAUCUUCUGGGUCGGUCCAAUGAUCGGGGGUGCCGCUGCAGCUUUCAUUUACGACUUCAUCUUGGCACCAAGAACCAGCGACUUAACAGACCGCAUGAAGGUGUGGACCAACGGGCAAGUAGAGGAGUACGAAUUAGAUGGAGACGACAACACCAGGGUCGAGAUGAAACCAAAAUAGAGAUUGGAAAAAAAAAAAAAAAACUUAUGGAGAGAUGUCAGUAUUAUGGACUUAUUUGUAUAAAAAACAAAAAAAAAGGAUUUCCAAAAUUGUUUUGUUAUUUGCAUUUUUGUUUUUCCAGUUCGCUUGCAUUGCCUUUGCAUUGUACUUCCUAACCUCAUCUUCACAUACAAAAAUGUACUGUAAUAUUUUAUAUCAUUUUUUUUUUUUUUAGGCUGUUGCAUGACCA